UGGAAAAUGCUAUUCAAAUCGAGGCACAUAAACUGUUGAGUGUGCCGUGCUGGAACUGCUAUGCUGAAGGCAUUCGCCGGCUGCUGCGAUCGCUCCCCGCACUUCCUAGUAGGGAGUAAGAGGAAAGCGAAAGGACUUCCAGAUGACAGUAACACAGAAGUGCUCUUCCCCUCAAUUGCCUCAUUCAAGGCCCAUCCACAGAACGUGAACUGUCUUGUCGCUUUCAAACCUCGCAGUAUUGACGUUGAAAAAGACGAAAAGAAAUUGAAAGAAGAUAGUGCUGAGCAGUUUGAUGAUAUUGCUCUGAAGGAUCUUCCGACUUGUGAGAUUUCUCUUAAGAAUGGUCUACGUGAUAGCUCCCUGGGCUCUGAGGGGGAGGGGGUUUUGUUGGCAUCGUGUUCGGACACGAUAAAGCUGUUCAACUCUUCUGAUUUUUCACCCGUGGCUACCCUGGAUAACGGUCACGAGAGAGAUAUCAAAUGCAUAGCAGUUUCGGAGGAGCAGAGUCUUCUGUUUUCUGGAUCACGUGACUGUGCUCUCUGCAUUUGGAGAGUGAGAGGCAAAGAGUCGUCUCUCCACUACAAACUAGCUAACAUCCACGAACUCAUCAUCACAUCUGUGGACUUCAAUAAUGCCACUAGUCAGUUGCUCUCUGGGUCACGUGACUCUACAAUUAAGUUGGUGGACGUCGAAUCGCAGUCAGUGGCGCAGCAGUUUCAGAAGAUUUCCCGGAAUUUGGUCACAUGUCUCUGUUGGGUGCCCCAGUCGCUGCAUAACUUUGUCCAAACUUCUGAAGACAAACAGGUGUAUGUGUGGGAUGUUCGUCAGUUGGAGCCAGCACUGGUGUUCCCGCGCAAGAACUGGAUCCAAACAAGCUGCGAUGUCUCUCCCAACGGACAGCUGUGCGUCUCCAGUAGCAACGGAUUUGAUAACGAGGGCUGCGAGGUGUCAUGCUGGGACCUGAAAGCGGCCAAAAUCAUCACAGAGUUCAAAUCACACGCUCAAACUGUACAUAGAUGUAAAUUUAUGCCCGACUCUAAUUCUUACUUUGUAACUGUGUCUAAUGAUUCGACUGUGAAUAAAUGGGACAUGAGUCAGUCUGCGAGGCCGAUCGACACGAAGCGACCUCCGACCUACUCGGGUCUCAUUUCACUCGCUAUUUCGCGCGGUAGUUUACGUGUGUACACGGGUGCGGUAUCUGGAGACGUUUAUGCCAUGAAAUUUUAAUUAAUCUGAGUUCUAAAGACAAAAAAAAACACUUAAUUAGCAAAUUGAAAUGAAUUUCAAGAGUCAAGUGUAAGUCAACUUCAUAUUUUGUUUUAUACAUUUUCAUAUAAGAUAUAAUUAUUCAUAUCAAUACGUAACCUGUAAUUUUUAGAAAGAAAAGUCUGAGAGUUCCAUAUACUCUUAAAGUUGAUAAUUUUACAUUGACAAAACAUGAAACUGUGAUUAGGUUUGUUCACUAGUAUUGAUUGCGGUUAGUUACCUACAUAUUUUAGCCUACUUAAAGCCUGAGCAUGCUAAAAAAAUGCGUUUGGUCCGGAAUGUAAAAAUAUAUGAAAACCGAAAUUAGGUUAUUUGCUAUCUCAGAUUAAUUCUGAAUCAACAUUUGUAUUACAAUCAUUGUUGUUCAUGUAAAAAGUCGUAAGCAUAAAUUUGGUUGAUUUUUUCAUCUUGUUCAUUGCAUAUCCGUUCUUCGCAACAUUAUCAUGAAUUCAUCUCGAAAAUUUACCAUUAUCAGAAUCCAAAGAUCUUUUGAGCAUUAGUUUUAUAAAAUAGCACUAAAUAAAAGCCAUCCUUUUUUGUACUGAUUUUGUUUCUAACGUCACUUGUUCUGUAGUAAAUUGUUUAAGACGAUAUUUUUGUAUUUAGUAUCCCAAAUCGGGCUUUCCUUAAUUCCGAUGACAUAUCAUUUUGUAAAUGAUCAAGUACCUUAAAAUGUGAAAAUAAACUAUGUGAAUUUAAAAUAUAUAUUCAGUUU